UUAAAAAGUGAAAGGCAUUGAAAUGAUCGUCAUUCAGUACUUGACCACACCGCAAGACAUCCACCGUUUCGUAAAAGUGAAAAUCGCAUUGUUCAGUGCCAGUGAAUUCGUGCCAGGAGCACCAAGAUGCCAUCGCCGACCCACUAGAUCCCCGUUAUCAGUCGACCAAAAUGCCUGUCUACGCUCUCGGACUACUCUUCCUCACCGCCUGCCAAGCCACCCCCCACUCCCUCAAAUCCGCCACCCCCGACUACGCCACCGCCCUCAAGCUCUCCCUCCUCUUCUACGAAGCGCAACGCUCCGGCCACCUCCCAGAGACCACCAGGAUACCAUGGCGAAGGGACUCGGCCCUCAGCGACAAGGGCCUCCACGGGGAGGACCUCAGCGGGGGCUACUACGACGCCAGCGACUUCGUCAAGUUCAGCUUCACCAUGGCCUUCACCACCACCAUCCUAGCCUGGGGGAUGCUCUCCUUCAAGGACGUGUACAACGAAACAGGUCAGUACGAGUACGGGCUGGACGCCAUCAAGUGGGCUACUGACUACUUCGUCAAGUGUCACGUGGCGCCGUUCGAGUUCUACGGACAAGUGGGCGAUUUUUCGUUGGAUCAUACGUUCUGGGGGCGGCCCGAGGAGAUGAAUAUGACGCGACCGGCUUAUAAGAUAGAUGUGGACCACCCGGGGUCGGAGUUGGCGGGGGAGGCGUCGGCGGCGUUGUCGGCCGCCAGUCUUUUGUUUCGGGAGAGGAACAAGACCUACUCGGAGGAGUUGCUGAAGCAUGCGGUGGAGCUGUACGAGUUUGCGACCACCUAUAGGGGGUUGUAUCAUGACGCGAUUCCGGGGGCGAGAGUCUAUUACGAGUCCACAGGUUAUGGUGACGAACUAACCUGGGCAGCCGUUUGGUUAUACAAAGCCACAAGAAACGUCAGAUACGUGGAACAAGCAGAAAACUUCUACACGAAGUUCCGAAUCAAAGACCGCCCCAACGAAUUUUUCUACAACAAGAAAGUGGCCGGAAUUCAACUCCUCCUUGCCGAGCAAACCCAACGCCCCGAGUACAAAGCGGCCACCAAGAGCUUCUGCGACUACUCCAUCAAGGAGCAACUGCGGACUCCUCACGGCCUAAUUUUCAUAGACAAGUCCGGAACUCUCUCGCACGCUGCCAAUGUCGCCUUCAUUUGUUUACAGGCUGCCAUUGGUCUCAACAUUUCUCAAAGUACCUACAUCAACUUCGCCAAAGAACAAAUCGACUACAUUCUGGGCUCAAAGGGGCGAAGUUACCUCGUGGGGUACGGGUUGAACUAUCCCAAGCAGCCCCACCACUCCGCAAGUUCCUGUCCUGAUUUGCCAGAACCAUGUGGGUGGAAGCAGUUCACGUGGAAAGGUCCGAAUCCCCAGAUUCUCUACGGGGCUUUGGUUAGUGGACCAGACCAGAACGACCAUUACGAAGAUAUCAGAGACGAGUUUCUUUAUAACGAGGUGACGUUGGAUUAUAACGCAGGGUUUCAGAGUACCGUUGCUGGACUUAUUUAUUGUGACAAGGUGAUGAAACGUGAGUGAUGUUCUUAAAUGUGAUAUUGAGACGUUUGUUUGUAGUAAAGUUCGAAAUUUU